AGAUCCAGUGAGUACCGCGCCUUGCGUGAGGCGUAUUCCGUGGACUGACAGGAAGACCAGUUCGUCGAGCGGUCCAAGCGUGUCGCAGAGCGCGCGGUGUGCAAGUGCGAUGCGAGCUCGGACUGUGGCGACAACUGUAUGAAUCGACACAUGAACUUCAUCUGCGGCAGGCAAUGUCCCGCUGGCGAGGGAUGCACGAACAGGAGCCUCACGCGCCGCCCGCAGAAAGCAUACAAAAUUGCAUGGACGGGCACCCGGGGGUUCGGCAUGUUCGCCGCCGAAGACAUUGCCGAGGGCGAGUUUGUGAUGGACUACCGCGGCGAAGUCAUUGACAUAGAGGAGUUCUGCAAUCGCAUUGACAACGAGUACAAGGGUACGCGCAACUUUUACGCGCUGCACUAUGAUGGAGACGAGGUUGUCGAUGCCGGUAUGCGUGGUAAUGACGCGAGGUUCAUCAACCACGGCUGCAGCCCCAAUCUCGAGGUGCGCAAGCUGCAGACGGUGGGCGAUGGGUUCGAGGAGUACGAGAUAGGGUUCUGGGCCAUCCGUGACAUCAAGGCUGGCGAGGAGCUGCUCUACGACUACAACUUUGAGGCGUUCACCGUGGGCGACCUCGCCAAUGAAGACGUCCGCGUCCGCUGUCAGUGUGGUGCCUCUAACUGCAUCGGUUUCAUGGGCCGCAGGUCGGGCGAGAAGUCAGCCAAGGAGUUGGCUAGAGACCUGGGCCGCCAGACAGAGAUGCGUGGCCAGAAGCGCAAGGCCCCGCCUACUACGGAGGGCGCGAGAGCCGUCUUUACCAAGCGCCGGCCCGGAAAGGCCCGCCAGCCGGUAUUGACGCCUGCCGCCGCAGCGGGAUCUGGUACAUCGGGAACAUUGGACGCGUCGGGUAACCUCAUCUUGCCUGUCAAACGAAAAGUUGGCCGACCGCGGAUUCAUCCAUUACCCGAUCCCAACGCACCGAGGCGCAAACCAGGCCGUCCGCGCAUACAUCCGCUGCCAGACCCAAGCGCCCCGAAGCGCAAGCCUGGCCGCCCACGCAAGCAUCCAUUGCCUGCACCUGUUAAUGAUGUCCCUGCCACUGAUUCGGGCGACCCCGCUCCGCCGGUUGCUUCUGAGACUCCAGCCGCCGCCCUCGACGCUGCUACUCCUUCCGAGACUCCCGUUCCUGACGCUCGCGCGAGUCCUGCUGGGGCCACUGCUCGUGCACCUCUUCCCGUUGCUACUCCUCCCUCUGCCACAUUGCAGCCUCCUCCCAAGGCCCCCAAGACAUUCUGGGUCGCUAAUUCGCGUGAGCAGGCACCAGCGACCGCGGCGACGCCUGCUCCUGGGCCUGCACCGCGUGCACCGCGUGCUGUCGCAAUCCCUGCCACUUCUGCUGCGGCUGCAGCAGCCGUCGCACCCACGCCCUCGCCUCCUCCAGUCACCGCGCCGACAUCUGCGCCUGUACCUGCGCUUGUUUCAGCCCCACCUCCGACCCUCUCUCCCGUCUCCCCUGUGACUGUGAAGAAAGAGGACAACGAGUCGGACUGGGAGGAUGCGACGACGGUCGGAUCGCACCGCAUCAGUGCGACCAACAAGCGCCGUGCGCCCUCCAAGUCCGGGCCGCCAGGCAAGAAACGCGGGCCCGGCCGUCCGCGCAAGAUCCCACCGCCGACGCCACCGCCGCCGCCGCCGCCCGGCGCCAAACGCGGGCCUGGGAGGCCCCGAAAGAUCCGCAACCCAGAGGACGAACUGCCGGUGCUCGGCCCACGCAUCACGCCGAAGCAAGCAGAGAAGAUUAAGCGCAACGGCGCGCCGGCGGGCUGGGUGUUCGUGCCCGUUGGCCCGCCGGCCGCGGCGCCGGCGGAGGCAGCUCCUGCGCCGCGCGAGGCUACGCCGCCUCCGUCUGCGCGCGCGCGGCGGGCGCAGCGUCUGGCGUCUGUGCGUCAGGCCACGCCUGGAGUUCUGUGAUGCGCGGGCUCAAGGACAUGGUGCGUGAAGUGCGUGUGGUUGUAUAUGUAUGGUGGAGCGAAUGGCGAGUGCCAUAAUGAUGUGACGAGGGAUGAUGUGAGUAUGAUGAUGAUGAUGAUGUGAGACGGACGUGUGAUGUGAUUAGGGUAUUCGGUCAUCACUCCAUGACUGAGCAUGAUGGCCUAGGCCGUGCGUGGAAAUCAUGGUUUAUCAUUAUUAUCGAGCAGACACAUAUUAUUAUGUAGACGCAGUCGCGACGAGAUGAAG